UCCAUCAACACCACCCCAACUGCUGCUUCACGCUUCCCACCGUUCGAAACCACAACGCUCGCUCCGAUUUACGAAGGCUCUUCUAGCCUCUAUUUCUCUCUCUAUUACUCUCACGAAACAGCUGCACCAGGGACAACACCAUGGCCGAGUCAGCAUCUCCAAUUGGCAUUGCCAAUUUGCCGAACCAGCGACACAAGAUUGUUGCAAAGCGUGGUGCAGCAUUCACGAUAAUGGUCGCUGGCGAGUCCGGUCUUGGAAAGACCACCUUCAUCAACACCCUCUUUUCCACCACGAUCAAGAACUACGCCGACCACAAAAAGCGCCACAACAAGCAGGUCGACAAGACCGUGGAGAUCGAGAUCACAAAGGCUGAACUUGAGGAGAAGUUCUUCAAAGUGCGCCUCACCGUGAUUGAUACCCCCGGCUUCGGAGACUAUGUCAACAACCGCGACUCAUGGCAACCCAUCAUUGAGUUCCUGGAUGACCAGCACGAGUCCUACAUGCUCCAGGAGCAACAACCCCGCCGUACCGACAAGAUUGACCUGCGCGUCCACGCUUGCUUGUACUUCAUCAGGCCGACCGGCCACACCCUGAAGCCGCUCGAUAUCGAGGUUAUGAAGAGGCUUUGCACCCGUGUGAACCUGAUUCCCGUGGUCGCUAAGGCGGAUACCCUCAGCCCCGCAGAUCUGGCCAAGUUCAAGUCGAGGGUCCGCGCCGUUAUUGAGGCUCAGGGCAUCAAGAUCUACCAGCCCCCGCUUGAGGAUGACGAUGAGGCCGCUCUCAACCACGCCCGCAGCCUCAUCGCUGCUAUGCCAUUCUCCGUCAUUGGUUCCGAGAAGGAUGUUCAGACCAACGACGGCCGCACUGUCAAGGGACGUCAAUAUGCCUGGGGCGUUGCCGAGGUGGAGAAUGAGGAGCACUGUGAUUUUAAGAAGCUCCGCGCUAUUCUGAUCCGUACCCACAUGCUUGAUCUUAUCCACACCACGGAGGAGAACCACUACGAGGCGUACCGCGCACAGCAGAUGGAGACGCGGAAGUUUGGCGAGGCCCGCCCACGGAAGCUUGAUAACCCCAAGUUCAAGGAGGAGGAGGAGGCCCUGCGCAAGCGCUUCACCGAGCAGGUCAAGAUUGAGGAGCAACGAUUCAGACAAUGGGAGCAGAAGCUCAUCUCGGAGCGCGAUCGUCUGAACAAGGAUCUUGAGCAGAGCCACGCCAUCAUCAAACAGCUUGAGCAGGAGGUUGAGCAGCUUCAGGGCAGCAUGAACCGAUCUCACGGCCGUCGUUAGGCGCAAUAGGUCGGUGCAUGGUCGAGCAGGUCCAACAGUUGUGGACGUCAGGAGUCUUUUUUAUAUAUUCUUUUCCAAGAUUCCCCUCCCUUUCUCUUUCAUAUGUUUGUAAUGUGUCGCUUGCGGCAGGUUCCAUCACGCCCUUCUUGAGGAUGGAUAUCGCGCUUGCGAGUCUUGAAGGGGCUUCCGUCGUUUGCGCCGAAGAUGGUUCCCGUAGCAAAAGGUUUGGGACAGUGGUGGUCUUGGGACGCGUCAGAUAUAAUUUAGUUGUGUUGCGACUGGUC